UAUCGAAAAUCCUCGGUGGCGCGCAUCUAGUUGGCGUCAUCAUUCUGCGCCCUGGCUCAGCCGACGAAGGAUAGGCUCCGUAUGCUGUUGAUCGUAGCCUGCAUUGCCAAUUAUUGUUUUGUAAGCACUGUGUGGAAGACAUCCUUUGAUUCAUUCAACGAUGGAGUCGACCGAAGAUAACGGACAAACAAGCACCGAAGAGAAGACUUUAUCUGCAGCCCAAAGGAGAGCUGAGAUCCGCAGGAGGAAACUGCUCAUGAAUUCUGAGGACAGAAUGAACCGGAUAGUUGGUUACACAAAAAUUGAACCAGAGAGCGCUGGCACCCCCCGACGUCCAGCAGAGCCCAGGUUUCACCUGGAUCUAGAACGGACAGAUCCGUGGCCGGCCAACUCCUCCCCAAGGCCUUCUCCCUUCCUCCAGGAAUCCGCCCACUCCCGUAGUUCCACCCCAGAGAGGAGAGGCUCCCCGCUGCCAGACCUGGGGGAUCCCGUGGGAGGGAGCCUUGAGGACUUGAGAGGAGUAGCAGCAGGGGUUCGACAGAGACCCAGGGGAGAGAGGCCUUCAGACGAUCCAAGUGGCUCCCCACGAAGAGGUCUACAGACGUACCUGUCUCGGUUUGAUGAUGCCAUGAAGCUGCGUGGACAGCUGGCAGUAGCCAGUGAGAAAGCGGCCGAGGAAGGGGAUUCAGAGCCGGAGGAGUUCGAUGUCUUUAGGAUGUUCAGGCUGAUCGGCAGCCUACUCCUGGCUGUGUUUGUUAGGGUCUCUGUCUGCCAGUACCUGUCAAUUUUCGCUCCCUUUCUUACCCUGGAACUUGCCUACAUGGGCUUAUACAAAUACUUUCCAAAGGUGGAACGGAAGCCCCAGUCCACGGUACUGACGGCCGCCCUGCUUCUGUCGGGGAUCCCAGCGGAGGUCAUCAACCGCUCCAUGGACACCUACAGGAGGAUGGGCGACGUCUUCGCCGACCUCUGCCUCUACUUCUUCACUUUCGUCUUGUCUCACGAGAUUCUCCUCAUCGUUGGCUCAGAGACUCCGUGAUUGGCGGGGGGCAAGCUUAGUUCCAUCCUCCUGUCUACUUCCCCUCCCCUUUCCUGAUUUAUAUUGGAACAUGCUAUUUUGCGCCUGGCUACUAGUGUUAUAAUCAGGGUGGAGUGGCAGCAUCCUGCGUGUGGGCACAAGCCAAGCCAACUAGUUAAGAUGUAAAUAAACUGGAAAGUGAGCUACUGCUUCAUGAAUGUUCCUUGGAAGCUCCAGUGGGAUGUUUGUUUCAUAGAUAAAACUGGAUGCAUUCACAUAACACAUUUGGUCUUUCCAUUGACUAGGCACAUGCAAUACUUCUCCACACAACUUUGCUCUUCAAACCAAUCUUGGUAGAUAAUUUGGACUUUGCUCGAAACACUGCAGUCUUUAUACUUGCCAUACCACCAUGAGUAAUAUUUUGUUUCCUAUUUCAAGGUCCAACAAAAGGUUGAGGUUGUGUGUAAAAUAUGGGUUUGGAAUUUCUUAAAUUACAGUAAAAUAAUUGCUCUUACAUCUUACCUACAGCACCUUUUAACUACGGUAGGUUCAUUCUUAAUUAACCACCAACAUGGAACAAUCGCCUUUAACAACCGUAUUUAAUUUAUUUAUUUAAUCGUUCUGUAACUACUUUCUUGUUUCAUAAAUGGGUCACUUGGCCAAGGGCUCUGGCCACCUUGAUCAGCACUGCUGACUCAGCAGUAGGUCUGAAUCUGAACUUUUAAGAACAACAAGGAACAAGCGUUCACAUUUUAUUUAUCAGAGACUGAUGGGACUUCUUUUCCAAAGAAGAUAUCUAUGCUAUACUGUAUGGCAUUGGUCAUCGCUUUGACUGAUCUUACCUACAUUUGGAUUCUAUAUAUAAUCUUCCCUGACUAAACCCAAAGUAACAGUUCUGGCCAGGUGGUCCUACUGCUUCGUCCAAAAACAUUCCUGUCUGGGAUUAGUUCAGACAAACCUCUCCAAAAUGCUAUCAUGGCAGUAGGUUAAUCUUGACGUCAAAGGGUCGUGUGUGGGAUGUAUUUAUUUAACUGAUGAAUGCUUACAUAUACAAUUAAUGACCAUACAUAUAUUCAUGUAGCAUACUGGAAUGUUCAAUGUUUUGGGUGAAUGUAUGUACGUCUGUUUUGCUUUUCUGUGUGUGGCCGUUCAGUAUAUAUCAUAUUCAGUGUGAGGCGGAUUAGGUAUGCUCAUCUAUCUGGUAAUAAAAGUUAAUGUAGUUUGUUGCUCUAAACCAGCCUGGCUCAUAUUUGUGUGAUAUUCCAGUCAAUUACUUCUGACUGUUUUUGAUAAUGUGUAUAAUUGUGAACAACCGUAAUCGUUUUAAGAACUAUCGUACAGUUUGCUUUAAAACAAUUUAAAUGAAGGCAACCAAAUAAAGAUGUGGCUGGCGACCAUCA